AUGCGCACCCUUGCAACAGCAGUAGUCGUAUUUCUCCUUGCCUUUGGAAUUGGACUCCUGAUGCGUUUCUGGCCACAGUCGUGCCUGUGUCAUGUACAUGGACGACUUGAUGGCAAGGUUGCUUUAGUGACUGACGGUCCCUCGUUCAUGGGUGUUGAAGUAGCUGCGGAAUUAGCUCGAAGAGGCGCCACAGUUUAUAUUGGAAGUCAGUCGAGGAAUCAUUUUAAUAUCAUAAAGGACAAUAUUCUUCGUCUCUACGGUGAGUCAGGCGAACGCGAAAAAUAUGAUUUUGCCAAUGAGCGAGUACUUAAAGACCUAACUCCAAUUAAGGAAUCUCAGUCUCCUUCUCGGUUGGCUACGGUACACUAA